AUAAUCCUCUCAGCAGUCCGAACUGUCCUUUGUAGUCUUCUGAUGUCUGAUUUCGUAGCUGAACCAAACCAGACUGUUAUUGAAGUGCAGAGGACAGACUCAAUGACUGUCGAGUCAUUGAUAAUUCAGCAACCUGAAUUAUCUUCACAAUGCAACUAUAUAAAUUACAGACAUAUACCUUGGCUGCGCCAUGAUUUUGCAUACUGUCAGAGAAUGUACUGCUAGUAUGAACACAUUCUUGGACCUACUUUAUAUGGGAACAUGGACACUGUCCCGUGACCCGAAUAUAUGACAUAGUAACAACAACCGUGAAAACCAUUUACUCUGCAGCUCUAGUGGCAUAAGAAAAGGGUUCAGUGGAUCCGUGCUUCAGAAUCUUACCAGAUGUAGUAGGUCAUCCUGGAAUUUUUUGCUGAUAUGAAUACUGAGGAUUCGGACACCCUACUCCAUUGACACUGCUUUUGGCAUACUAUAUUAAGGAAGUAUGCAUUUUCGGAUGCAGCCUUUGUUCUGCAUGCCCAGUUUCCCACUAUAUUGCUUCAAACUCUUGUAUGCCUAUGUUGACAGUCAAAAGUCGAUAGAGCUGUUUUGUUCUCAUGGUAAGAUUUAAUAAAUUAGCAUUUUUUACAUGGUUGUGACUUCCUCCAGUUUCCUAUAAGCGAUCAGUCUUUAACCUGUGUGGCACUUAAACCUCUAAGUUAAACAAUCAAUCAGGCCAAAAAUAAGUGUAAAUGUUAUAUAAUAGUUCUGAUUCUAGGAAGACAUAUCAAUAAUAAUGCCUUGGUCCAGAGUCUCUGAGUGCAAUUCAGAUCCAUUUAGCUGUGAAGUGAUAUUUACCUGUUUUUUACAUCUCUAUGGAGACCAUCAACAAGUGUGUCUGUGACAAAUCAACAUCUGUCCACUGAAUCACUUACCACAGUCCACAGGAAGGAGAGACACAUUUUGUUUCUUUCUGUCCUGGACUGGACACACAAACACAUGCAAAGAGAUGGAAACUCUGAUGGAGGGAAGGUCUGAGCGUUUCUUCCUAGCAGCAGAAGACCUCUUUUUAUCUUUGCUGUGCACGUUUGGCAACUGGUACAAUAGAUCAGGUCGAGCAGAGCUUCAUGGACAUUUUUCAAAUUUUUCGAAUUCCUCUGAAAACCCAGUAGAGAUGUUUGCGCACGAGUGGCAUGGAUUUCUCCCUCCCUACCACACAAGGGUACUCCAGAUAUGCCCCAUUUUGGCGUUCCUGGCCAUGCUGCUGACCACUCCAGUUCUUCUUGUACGAAUAAUGUCCCGUGUUGACCUGCGGCAACAGACGCGUUACCUUCUCCUGGCUAACGUUCUCUUCAGCGACCUGCUCUUUGUUUGCUUGAACAUCCUGAGUGCAUGCAUCAAUUCAGCUGGUGUUUUGAUGACGGAGUGGCCCUGUGCCAUGCUGCUCUUCCUAUUGGGGGUCUUAUACAGCUCUGGAGUACUAAGUGUCACUGCAAUGGUGCUGGAUACCUGUUUUGCAGUGUUAGCACCUCUUCACUACCUGGCCCUGUGGCCUGUGUCCCGAACCUAUGGAGCAAUUGCUGCCAUCUGGGCCGUCUCAGUCUUUUUCCCUGCAGCAUCUAUUGGCAUCUUUGUGUGGUACCACAGUACAGGCCCUUGUGCACUCCACAUCUGUUCAAUGCCUUUACUGAUGGUUUUAACAGUGAGCCACUUUCGCCCACUGCAUGUCUCCAUGUUGCUGACGGUCACUGGUAUCAUUGUCAUCCUCCUUCUGGUGUUUUCUGGUUAUAUCAUCCUCUACUGUUGUACCCGGAAUUCAGGCGUGUGGAAGGGCAAAGCCUCAUCCCGUGCCAGAGGAACAUUUCUUAUUCAUUAUCUCCACCUUUUUCUGUCUUUCUGUCCUAUGCUGAUUUUAGUUAUAGAACUGAUGCUUUACAGCCACCAGAGUAAGACUCUGAACCUCAGAGCCAACCUGUGGGUGUCUCUGGUUGUGUGUAAUGUCUUACUAAUCUUGCCCAAAGGCUUAGCACCUUACCUGUAUGGGCUCCGGUACAGAGAACUAUGCGGAGUGCUGUUCCAGUUCUUUAGGUUGAGGAGGCCAGCAACCAUCACACCUGUGAUGUAAAGAUAGUAGAAUGUGGCUAGGAGUGAAUUGUUCAUAUGCUGAAUUGAUCCUGUGAAGAAGACUUUUGAAAUGAGGGUUACUGUGCUUUCCCGCAUCUCCUUCAGUCAAAACAUUAAAUUAGCUAGCUUUGAUGAUGCUGUUAUAAUGCUCAACUGGGAUUUUGUUCACAGAAGGAAAUUAAAGCAAGUGAGAUUAAAAGGUUUGACACAUGAAAAUGGAAAACAUUAGGAAGAUCAUGGCAUUCACACUAAGGUUUUCAGAAUAAUCGAAAAUCUAAAUUGAAGAGUUGUGGUAAUUGGGAUAUUUAAGUACUUGAUGCAUUUUUAGUAAU